AUGCGAGUGUGCGUCAGCGACAUGGGCUGGCACGUUGAACAGCGAGACGUCAUACCACGCGUGGUGGGCACCCGCGGGUUCCCCAUGCUGCCGCGCGUCGCCUGUCCGCGUUACCUGGCCGUCGUCGUCUGCAGCGCCGUGGACAACUUCGAGCACCGAGCUGCGAUACGUGUCACGUGGGGUCGCGACGUCAGCGCCGACAAGGGUACCGCCGUGUUCUUUCUCGUCGGCAAACCCGGUGACACGCCCAAAGGUCAAUACGUGCAGAGCAGGUUGAAUAACGAAAGUGCGCUCCACAAGGACCUCAUCCAGGCGGACUUCCGCGACACCUACCGUAACCUGACCGUCAAGAGUGUGUUCAUGCUCAAGUGGGCCUACGUGAAGUGCUCGAGAACUCGAUUUCUGCUCAAAGCGGACGACGACAUGUUCGUAAACGUGGAAAAGCUUAUGCGCUUCCUCAAGGCAUACGGCGAAAACCGGACACGGCCCUUCCUGGCCGGCUACGUCGCGCAGGGUCGGAAGACUGUCCGACGAGCCGGGUCCAAGUGGUACAUGCCACUCGCCGUGUACGAACCGGACUGGCUGCCGUCGUACAUUCACGGCAGCGGCUACGUGGUGUCGCGCGACGCGGUGCGGCCCCUCUUCACCGAAGCACUUGCGACGUCCUUCCUCUACGUCGAGGACAUCUUCCUCACGGGCGUCGUGGCGCAGAAGGUGGGCAUCGAGUUGACGAACUCACGCUGCUUCAUCCCCCACUCGGUAUGGCAUCCUUGCGACUACCGCAACUUCAUCUCGACUCACGAGUGGGACCUGGAGCAGCUGCAGAUCGCCUGGCAGAGCGUUCACUAUGGCGGCGACAUCUGUCCUCCAGCCGACGAAAGUUUGCUUGCGUGUUCUUACGCCCACAUGCCGAAGAAGGACGCGUUUCUCUAG